AUGCCACCCUCUAUAUGUGUUGUCUGCCGCACGAACCGUGCGCUCAUCCUGCGCCCAAAAGACCACUCCAAACUGUGCCGCCCGUGCUUCAUCACCGUCUUCGAAACUGAAAUCCACCACACGAUCCUCUCGACCAACCUGUUCCAGCACGGCGAACGCAUCGCAAUCGGUGCAUCAGGGGGAAAGGACAGUACAGUCCUCGCCUCCGUGCUGAAGACGCUGAACGAGCGGUAUGACUACGGCUUGGACCUCAUACUGCUGAGUAUCGAUGAGGGGAUCAAAGGGUACCGAGAUGAUAGUCUGGAGACGGUGAAGCGGAACGCGCAGCAGUACGAUAUGCCGCUUACUAUUCUGGGUUAUAGCGAGCUGUACGGUUGGACUAUGGACCAGGUUGUCGAGCAGGUGGGAAAGAAGGGAAAUUGCACGUAUUGCGGUGUAUUUCGACGACAGGCGCUUGAUCGCGGCGCGGCGAAACUGGGCGUGAAGCACGUGGUGACGGGGCACAAUGCGGACGAUGUCGCGGAGACAGUGCUAAUGAACUUGCUGCGAGGCGAUCUUCCCCGCCUGUCCCGCACGACUUCCAUCGUAACCUCCACCCCCUCCCUGACCCCUUCGAAUCACACCGAAGCGCAAGUCGCAGACAACACGCACAUCAAGCGCUCCAAGCCGCUCAAGUACGCCUACGAAAAGGAAAUCGUCCUCUACGCGCACCACAAGCAGCUCGACUACUUCAGCACCGAGUGCAUCUACUCGCCCGAGGCGUUCCGCGGCAGCGCUCGCGCCUUGAUCAAGAACCUGGAGCGCGUACGCCCAAGCGCCAUUCUGGACGUGGUCAGGAGCGGCGAGGAUAUGGCGCGCUUGGUGCCGGGCAGUGACGAGGGAUGUGGCGGCGCGUGCGGGAGUGUUGUUGCGGUGCCAGCCGAAGAGGAGGAGGGCGGAUGUGGCAGUGCGGUUGGAAAGAGCAUGGCAAGUGUCGAGCGACAACUUGCAUCCAACGAGCGCGCCGAGGAGCACAGUCUUGAGACCGAAAUCACGCUCCCGAAAGCUUCACCCGCGCCAUCCACGACCUCGACCGCACCAGUCAAGGGCCAGAAGAAACCACGCGCUGAGCGCACCGGCGGGCCCCGGAGAAAGGGCCCGGCGAAACAGGUCAUGGGCCAGUGUGCAAAGUGCGGAUAUCUCUCCAGCCAAGCCGUGUGCAAAGCCUGCGUGCUACUCGAGGGGCUGAACAAGAGCCGGCCCAAGACGGGAAUUGAGGUCGGCUACGAUGUGCAGGACGUCAGUCUGAACAGCGUGAGGGACGAGUUGGAGGCUACAACUCUCUCGGCUCCUGCAUCACCGGCCACCGAGGGCUGA